AUGAGAGUGGAGCUAGGAAGCAACGGCGCGUACCGCAUUGACUCGGAAGAGGCCAUCAAGGAAGCCCUACGUGCUCAUGGAAAGGGCGAUGCGAAUCCGACAAAAACGCUAAUUGAAAAGGAUUGCUACGAGGUGGUAGGUAAGGAAGACGAAAUGCUGGAAACAACGAGCGCAGAUGGUGAAGAAACGAUAAACGCGUUUCAGUCGCUCGUCGGGAGCCUUCUAUGGGUCGCGAGGUGCUCGAGGCCGGACAUUGCAUGUGCAGCGCACGACGCGACUAGACAGACGCAUGCACCGCGGGGCACUGAGUCGCUUAAGCUCAAGAUGGCGCCGGCGCGACCCAGUCGCGACCCGUUGCAGAUCGAAACCUACUUAGACGCUGACUUUGCAGCUAAGAAAGAGGAUCGGAAGUCUCUUAAGGUAGUCGUCGUGCUCCUAAAUGGGAUAGUGGUGUUGUGGACCGCCAAGAAACAGGGCGGUGUGAGCCUUUCGACAACGGAGGCCGAGUUUGUCGCGGCGUCUGAAGUUGCACGCAAGCUCAUUAGCUUGCACAAGAUGCCCGGAGAGGUGGGCGUGGCAACGGCUGUCCCUAUGCUGAUGCAUGUGGACAAUCAGACAGCCAUCAGCCAGAUCGAAGGCGAGGCUUCUUUGAUAUAUGCCAAUUGCAUCACGUGCGACACAAACAUCAGUGCGACCUCACUCAACGCGGGAUCGUCACGGCGCAGCAUGUUCCAUCCGAGCUGA